CCCACGUCAUAUAAGUAGCGGUGCAUUCAAUAAUUAAUGAAUUAAUUAAUUAUUUAAUUAACAAUUCUAAAAAAUAAAAAAUAAAUAAAAAUUAAUUAAUUAACAACUUUUCUCUAUAUAUAUGGGAGGUUUUGUUCACUCUUUCAACUACACUCUCACAUAAUAACAGCGCAAACAAAUUUACAAAUUUGUUUUAAAAUCUUCCUUUUUCUCUAACACCUUAUUUGUAACUUUUCAUCAAUUUCCUUGCCUGAAUAAUUCGCAAGUAUACAUAAAUUUGUUUAUGUAGUUUCUUAGACGACGACAACAAUAUCGUAGCGUAACAAUGACUUGGUUCAAGAUUUUCCAAAAGGAAAAGAUAAGAGAUGAAAGUGAAACAGUAGAAUACACUCUUGAUGGAACUGUUGAUUUAUACGGCAAAGCAGCAGUACGUGCUAAAACUGGAAGAUGGACCCUUGGUAUCCUAAUCUUAGUGAAUCAAGGGCUUGCUACAUUGGCAUUUUUCGGCAUAGGAGUAAACCUAGUGUUGUUUUUGACAAGAGUGGUAGGACAAAGUAAUGCAGAUGCAGCAAACAACGUUAGCAAAUGGACUGGAACUGUUUAUCUAUUUUCCCUUCUUGGUGCCUUCCUUAGUGAUUCCUAUUGGGGUCGAUACAAAACAUGCACGAUUUUUCAAGCAAUCUUUGUCCUUGGCUUGGCAUUAUUGUCACUAUCAUCGUACUUAUUUUUACUAAAGCCUAGAGGUUGUGGAGAUGAGCUAACUCCAUGCAACUCCCACUCUGGCUUCCAUGUCGCGUUGUUCUACAUCUCAUUAUACAUGGUGGCCCUUGGGAAUGGAGGAUACCAGCCAAAUAUCGCGUCAUUUGGGGCUGAUCAAUUUGAUGUAGAACAUCCUAAGGAAAGACACUCGAAAAUCUCCUUCUUUAGUUAUUUCUACUUGGCUUUCAACUUAGGAUCUCUAUUUUCUAACACUUUAUUGGCCUACUAUGAAGAUCAUGGAAAGUGGGCACUUGGGUUCUUUGUAUCUGCUAUUAUUGCCCUUAUUGCUUUGAUACUUUUCCUUGGUGGUACGCCUCGUUAUAGACACUACAAGUCUCUAGGAAACCCUGUUUCGAGGUUUGGCAGAGUUCUUGUGGCUUCCUUAAAGAAAUGGAAAGUUCCUGUACCGGCGGAAGGGGAUGGUUUGUAUGAAUUGGAUGCAAAAACAUACGCUAAAAAUGGAAGGAAAAAGAUAAUGCACACCAAAGGAUUAUCGAUCUUGGAUAAAGCUGCGGUUCCCACCUCAUCCAACAACGAAAGGAACUUGUGUACUGUCACUCAAGUCGAAGAAGUUAAAUGCAUAUUAAGGCUUCUCCCAAUAUGGGUUUGCACUAUUAUGUACUCUGUAGUCUUCACUCAAAUGGCUUCCCUCUUUGUGGAGCAAGGUGCCAUGAUGAAAGCAACCAUCAAAGGUGGCUUCCGCAUUCCACCAGCUAGCAUGUCUGUUUUCGACAUCCUAAGUGUUGCAUCCUUUAUCUUUAUCUUUCGUCGUGUUUUGAACCCUCUUGCCAUUCGAUUGAGGAGUAGAGGUCUUACUGAACUUCAAAGAAUGGGGAUUGGCCUCAUCUUUGCAAUUUUAUCUAUGGUAGCUGCUGGCACUGUAGAGGUUUACAGGCUGAAAUAUGCGAUAAAGGAUUGUCAGGAUUGUGGAGAGGCUAGUACUCUAAGCAUCUUUUGGCAAAUACCUCAAUUCAUGCUUGUUGGUGCAUCCGAGGUUUUCAUGUACGUCGGUCAGUUGGAAUUCUUCAAUGGACAAGCACCCAAAGCAUUAAAGAGCUUUGGGAGUGCGCUUUGCAUGUUGUCAAUGUCGUUCGGGAAUUACAUGAGUAGCAUCAUAGUUACUUUACUUAUGAAAAUAAGUGCAAGAGGUAGCAAUCCAGGGUGGAUUCCGGAAGAUCUAAAUAAGGGUCAUCUAGAUAGGUUUUACUUCUUGUUGGCCAUUCUUACCUUAAUAGAUUUCAUGGUGUACUUGUACUUCGCUUCAUCAUACAAAUAUGUUCAAUGUGAAGAGCCAGGAGAAAGUGAUGGUGAUGAAGACGGUGUCAAAAUUGAUGUCUAGGAGAACUUUGAUGUUAACAAAAAGUGAAAUGACUUUCUU